UGACACUGACAUUGAUAGCAGAUAUAUAAGCGCUUGUCAACACACGAGUCGACAGUUCAGUUCAUGAUACAAGCGAUCUGAGGACAUAACUAACUCAUCCAAUUGAAGUUGAACGUUGAACAUAUUCUGAACAGAUUUGAAACUGUGAUAGUGAGAAUUUUCUUUUUCUUUAGUCUGUGUCUGCGCAAUGUUAUGUGAUAAAUGAGAGAAAAAACCAGCCUAUUGUUAUAUUUCCGUGUAACUGUUUGUUAUCAGGGAAAUAAAAAGAAAUGACAAAAAAGGUGUGCACCUAAAAAACAAAUUCGAAUAUUACUUCCAGUUGACAGUACAUUGUGUGCAAACAUUUUGCAAUGUAAAACUUGGGACCUGAUAUAAUACUAAACGGACAGGUAUAACUCAUAUUUUGAAAAUCGACAAAAGCCAUGCAGGACCGGAUAGUAUCAUGUUUUGGGACGGGAUGUGACGAGAGAUUCACUUGUUACCAGUCCCCGGAGGACGCAAAGAAGGCAAAACAUCGGAACAAACAGAUCAGCAAACUGCUAAAACAGCACCACAAGGAAGAGCUGAAGCGCCUUAAGAUUCUUCUGCUAGGAACCGGGGAGUCUGGUAAAAGCACCAUUACAAAGCAAAUGCGAAUCAUUCACAUCAAUGGCUUCAACAUGAGAGAACGAACAGAAAAAAUAUGUGAUAUCAGAAAAAACAUCAAAGAAUCAAUUGUGGUGUUGCUGUUGGCUAUGCAUCAACUUCAAAUACCACUGGAAUGCGAGGAAAGCGUUAAAAGUAGAGACUUUAUCCUGAGAGAAGCCGGGAACCCAGAUAUACACAGAACAAGCGAAUUUCUAGAUCAUGCUGAAAAACUGUGGAAUGACCCUGGAGUGCAGGCCUGUUACAGCCGCUCACAUGAGUAUCAGCUGAUCGACUGUGCUAAAUAUUUCCUGGAUAAACUCCACGAAAUUAAGAGUCCGGCUUAUAUCCCCUCUGACCAGGACAUAUUACGGUGUCGCUGUAUGACAACCGCCAUUCAACACAUCGAAUUCGAAGUGCCAGAUGGAGGGAACCAUAUCAAAUUCGACGUUUAUGACGUCGGAGGACAGCAGGGAGAACGCAAGAAGUGGAUCCAAGUGUUUGACAGUGUGACCGCCAUUCUUUUCGUUGUGGACUGCAGUAGUUUCGACCAAACUCUUCGUGAGGAUCCUGAGAAAAACAGGCUCCUUGAAGCUCUGGAAAACUUUGACCAAGUCUGGAAUAACCGAUUCCUGAAAUAUGUGUCUGUUCUUCUCUUCAUCAACAAAAUAGACAUUCUCGCUGAAAAGAUUGCCAGAGGAAGAGACAUUUCAGAACUUACAAAGAAAUACCCAGAUAUCUUUCCUGACUUUGACAAAUUCAAUCCAUCAGCUUCUGAAAAGCUUCAGUUUCUAGAAGCUUUUCCAUACCAGGAUACAGAGCCUAGAAAGAAAUCGCGGACUGCCUCGCGCUCUGACGUACACCCAGAUACUGUCAAAACGGCUGUCUACAUCAAGCAUCUUUUCAUGAAAAUCGUGAAAGGAGAACUUAACCUGAAAAAGCGAAUUACAAAGCAAGAAAGAAACUGGCAUGAUGAACAUAGUUGUGAAUAUUUCUACACAUGCGCAAUCGACACCAACAACGUUCAGCGCGUCAUGAAUGGAUGUCGAACACUUAUAAUACAGAACCAUCUCAGACGAUUUGGUAUCAUUUGAUGCCGUUCCAUGUAAAACACAAAGCACAUGUAUUACUGUAAUACAUAGUACACUUUCUUCUAAUCUUGUGAUAUUUUCUCUAGUCAGACAGUGUUUUGCGUGUGAAUGUUCUUCCAUGUUUGAAUACUCAGAGUGUGUGUGACUAAAGCGGACUGAUAUUACACA